AUGCGUCUGUCCAUCAGCGAGUUGUGUGCGUCUGCUGCGAUAAAUCGCGUUCCCACGAGAACUGGAGCCGGGUCUGAAAACUCAAUUAUCCGCCCAAAUGGCCUCGUCGCGAGGCGAUCUGUAAUUGCCGCCCCGCUCCCCACCCCGCCACGCUCCUGCCCCUGCCCCUUUGCCCUUUACCGUCUUCCCUUUCUGCACCAGCCUCAACACACACACACACACACACACAAAGACGCAGAGGGGGUGCGAGCGGGACAGACGAACGGGAUGAAGUUAAACGAAGACGGGCAGAUGCAGUUGCGGCAACAUCCGCCCCGCGCUUCCGCGCCUCAAGCUAUGCUCGUCACUACGACUGGAUUCAGUUGCCAGCACACACACCGACACGCUCUAACACCGGCUCCGGCUCCGGCCGAGGCGGCGGCUGCGGCUGCGGCUCAAACCGGCCAAGCCGACAGAUGCGAGUUGGCCAAAUUUGCUCCCAUCAUUAUCGAUCACACGUCCGUUGCUAUGCUUACACGAGGUCUGUACUCUUCUUCUCUUAUCGAUUUGCAGGCUAUCCACCGGCCUCUGACAGGCUCUCUUUAA